UUUUUUGCGUGGAGCAGAUAUGUAUCAGUAACCCGGAGGCGGAGUCACAUAGACGACCACAGUGCAGCCAGCCAGCUGAAGGGAAGCUGUGAGUGUAGAGAGGUUCUCCUUCCGCCGUCCGUAUGUGCAGAGAGCAGUCUGAUAUCGCUGGGAGGAAAAUGUCGUGCGGGCUGUGGAAAGAGACCCUGGCUCUGGCAGAGGACUACCUGUCCCUGUGCUGCACAAGCCCACAGCCAGCACCUCCACCUCCCAGCGAGUCAGCUGCUGCCAUGAGGCGCCUGGCGCAGGACAUGGAGACGCAGCACCAGGCUCGCUUCCACUCCCUCGCCCAGACCUUCCUGAGGCAGUGCGGGCCGGACCCCUGCUCCAGCCUCAGGAAGGUGAUGGAGGAGCUGGUGGGAGAUGGACACUUGAACUGGGGGAGGGUUGUUUCCCUUUUCACCUUUAGCGGGGUGCUGGCCAGACAGCUGCUGGAGCAGAAGGGCGUGAAGCCUGGGCUGGACCCUAGGCAGGGGCAGGAACUGGGACAGGAGCCUGGAAACUGCAGGGGACUGGCAGAGACCAUAGCUGAUUACCUGGGAGAGGAGAAGAAAGACUGGAUGCUGGAGAAUGAAGGAUGGGAGGGGUUCUGUAAGUUCUCCCGCAGUGCCAGAGAGGUGAAUCAGGACUCAUCCAUGAAGACAGCGCUGUUUGCUGCUGCUGGCGUUGGCCUCGCUGGACUCACCUUUCUCCUGGUGCGCUAGCUAGCCAUCUACAUCCUUAACACAUCCUCAUUCAUGUUCUCAUUUCGUUUGGCACAAUUAGGUAGACAUUUGAAUUCUAACAUCGAUGCUGCAAGUCUAAUCUGUAGUGAAUUCAGGGUUGUAAUCUCAAGUCAUCAACUGAAUGUUUGCACAUACUCAGACCCCCCUCACACACACAUACACACACACACAUACAUACACAGUAAUACUGACAUUUUGUCACCUACUCCUUAAGAUUGUAAAAAUGAUCUCAAUGCCUUUGUAGAUUUUGGAGUAAGUGACAUCAGCCUGCAUAUCUUAGACAGUUUAAUUACUAAAGCACAGGUUUCUGCACAGAAUGGUCUUGCUCAAAGUUUUGUAUUUUCAGAGGUGCAGCUAAAAGACUUGAUUUCAAUUUCCCCACCGCUUUUGGUUUUGAUUUGAAAAUUGUCAGCUGCCUUUUUAUUCAUGUGUUUACCUGAGUUGUGUAUGUGGUAUAGAGCCAUUCUAGUGUACAAUGUAUAAAUUAAUAUAUUAUAUUUAUAAGAAAUGAAACUAAGCAGUGGCCCUUUUUUUUCUAACUGAUCCACGGCUAAUUCAGUUGUUUUCUUGUUUUCAAGUCUGUCCUACAUUCAUGUGAAAUGUCUGUGAUUUACAUGGGUCAGCAGAGCUGGAUGCGGCGCUCAUGACAACACAACGGUGCUAUGAUAUGUUGUGAAAUAUUUCUUAUAUCACUCUACCAAACCAGGGACCAAUCUGAUUUCAAACAUAUUGCUAUUUGAACAAACCGUUGCUAUGUCGUUUCUCCCCCCAACAGAUCUCUUAAACAUUAUAUUUUUACAUUGUGUUUGUCUAUUUAUUUCACUGUUUUUUAUAAUAAAAAUGAAGCAAUCA